AUGGCAUCAAACUCUUCUCGAUCUUGUGUCGCUGUCGACGACAGCUUCGGUCCAUACGCCGGGGAGCAGUGUCGUGGAGGAUUUGACUUCACCCUACUUUUCGAGGACACUAUUUUCUGCAUACUUCCCCUUAUACUAGUUUUUUGUAUGGCACCUUUCAGAAUCUUCUAUCUCAGGCGAAAACGUACCAAAGUCUCCAAGUCUCUACUCCUACCUACAAAGCUGUUGGCAUGGUGCUUUCUCGCCGCUUUCGACCUCAGUCUCCUGAUCCUCUGGCUUAAGCCGCUCACUAAAAGGACGAGUGCAUCGGUAGCUUCAGCCAUAAUCAGCGUUGUAGGGGCACUUGUUCUCUGCCUCCUAUCAUACUUUGAACACCUGCGAUCUGUUCAAACAUCUUUUUUACUCAACGUAUAUCUCCUCGUUACCGUUGUUUUCGACGCUGCUCGCUCUCGAAGCUUCUCUCUGGAUAAUAACUUGGAGUCGAUAUCAGUCGUCUUCACCACACGAGUGGGAAUCAAGGUUUUCUUGGCCAUAUUUGAAGCGAAAGGCAAGAGAAGUAUUCUGCUUCCGGAGUAUGCUGAAACUCCUCUGGAAGCCACUAGUGGGAUCUACAGCCGAGCGUUCUUCUGGUGGCAAAUCGGCCUAUUUCGGCAAGGUUUCUCAAACACACUUUCGGUGGACAAUCUCUUCCAAUUGGAUAAGCAUUUGCGCUCCGGCUUCCUGCUGCAAGUAAUUCAGUCUGCCUGGGAGGAGUUGACCUCCAGGCAAACAAACUCUCUCUUCGCUUUGACGCUGAAAAAGCUCAAAUGGCCUCUAAUGGCCGUGGUUCCCCCAAGAGUCUGUUUGAUUGCAUUCAACUUCUGUCAGCCUUUUUUAAUUCAUAGGGCAAUCGCCUAUUCUCAGCAACCUGACAUGAACCAAACUUCGAACAUCGGCUAUGGUUUGAUCGGCGCAUAUGUUCUUGUAUAUGUUGGGAUCGCGAUUUCCACAGGACAAUAUCAGCAUCUCACCUACAGGGCCAUUACCAUGAUACGAGGCGGCAUGAUAUCGAUGUUGUACAAAAAGGCAAUGGACAUCGAUCUGGCCGCCGCCGCAGAUCCUGCCUCAUCGCUUACGCUCAUGAGCGCAGACGUCGAACGAAUUGUUCAGGGUAUGCAAACAGCGCAUGAGAUAUGGGCCAACUUUUUGGAAGUAGGCCUGGCGAUAUACCUCCUUGAGCGACAACUAGGCGCUGCGUGUGCGAUUCCUAUCGCCGUUGCUGUUGUAUCUCUUGUCGGCUCAUUGGGUGCUACGAGCCUCGUUAUGCAACGCCAAGCACUGUGGCUAGAGGCCAUCGAAAGACGCAUCGCCGCCACAAGUGCAAUGCUUGGUUCAAUGAAAGGCGUUAAAAUGUGUGGCCUUACAGAUAUUCUACGAGAUGAUCUACAACACCUUCGUGUUGAUGAGCUAGAGAUCUCAAAGAAAUUUCGUAAGCUUCUUAUCUGGACGAUGGGUUUUUCCUACAUUUCACCUAUUGUGUCACCCAUCCUCACCUUCGCUAUGUUCUCUGUGAUUGCACGCAACAGCAGCGGCCACACAACCCUCGAUACAUCAAAGGUGUUUACUUCACUGUCGCUAUUUUCGCUGUUGUCGGAGCCUCUGGGCUCGCUCAUCAUGGCCCUUGCUGGAUUCAUGGGCGGUGUUGGAUCAUUCCAAAGAAUACAAGACUUCCUAUCGGCAGAGCCUAGGCAUGAUGCACGUAAGUUGCUAUUAUUACAUAGCAGUAUCGGUUCAUCUUCGGAUUUUGGGGAUGGAUCCGACAAGGGCUCGACUGAGUCACAGAAGAGCCGCGUCUCAAUAGAAAACCGAGAUCGUAGCUCCUCCAGCACCCAAGCAAUUAUCAUUGAAAAGGGGUUCUUUGGGUGGGACAAGGAAAAGCACCCAUUAGGCUGGCUACAGUCGAUCAACAUAAUAGUCCCACGAGCCAAACUUACCAUGGUCGUGGGUCCGGUAGGGUGUGGCAAGUCGACUCUUCUCAAGGCUGUUCUGGGUGAACUCCCGGUAAUGGGAGGCCUCAUCCAGCUCUCCUCCUUACGCAUCGCAUUAUGCGAUCAGACGCCAUGGCACAUUAACGGCACCGUGCAGCAAAGCAUAGUGGGGGUGUCUGAGUUUGAUCAACGAUGGUAUGCAUCCGUAGUCCGUAGUUGCGCAUUAGAUGAUGAUCUAUGCCAAUUACCUGCUGGAGACCAGACCCAAAUAGGAAGCAAGGGCAUCGCUCUGAGUGGCGGACAGAGCCAGCGUAUAGCCCUGGCGAGAGCCGUUUACGCCCAGAAGGACAUCAUAAUUCUCGAUGAUUGUCUUAGUGGCCUGGACACACAAACUGAAAACAAGGUCUGGCAUAGCCUCUUCGGACGAGAUGGCCUCCUCCGACGAUGCCGAUCCACUGUUCUCAUCGCUUCAUCAUCCACCAAGCGCCUCCCUUACUGUGACCACAUCGUAGCCCUUGAUAGCAACGGGAGGAUUGCAGAACAGGGUGGGUUUGAUGCUCUCAACCGGUCUGGAGGCUACAUCUCGAGCUUCGACUUGCCGCAGCCUGACUGGGAUUUUAUGCCUGAGAAGCACUUCUACGAAGCUCCCCCGAGAUACACUGAGCAUGCAACUUCCCAAAGGGUCACGGAGGAUGACAUCCAAGCCGAGGCCAAUCGGCGCACUGGCGAUACCGCCAUCUACCUCUACUAUGUUAGGUCUGUUGGGUGGAUUCCGACGAUUAUUUUCAUCGUUUCCAUCACCAUCUUCAUCUUCGGUAUCUCUUUUCCAACCAUGUGGGUAAAGCUCUGGGCGAGCUACAAUGUCCAUUACCCUAACGGCCGGCUUGGCUACUAUCUGGGGAUAUACUCCAUGCUUGGUGGCAUAGCUUUCAUCUUCUUGAUCGUUAGUUGCUGGCAACUGAUCAUAACAAUGGUCCCUCGGUCUGGUGUCAAUUUCCACUGGAAGCUCCUUACUACAGUACUCCACUCUCCAAUGACGUUUUUCUCAACAACGGACACAGGCGUUACGCUCAACAGAUUCAGUCAGGAUCUCCAGCUGAUUGAUAUGGAGCUUCCAGUCUCAGCUCUAAAUACGUUCGCAACUUUCGUCCUUUGUAUCGGACAAAUGACUCUCAUCGCCAUCGCAUCUCCCUUCGCCGCAAUCUCUUUCCCAGUCGUCUUUGUCAGCCUCUACCUAAUCCAGAAAUUCUACCUUCGCACGUCGCGCCAAUUGCGGUUUCUAGACCUCGAAACCAAAUCCCCUCUCUACACCCAGUUCACCGAGAUACUUUCGGGAUUAGCUACAGUGCGUGCAUUCGGAUGGCAAUCUUUCCUCGAAGAGAAAGCGCGCGACUUACUUGAUCGCAGCCAGCGCCCCUUCUAUCUUCUGUUUGCCGUCCAGCGCUGGCUUACACUCGUCCUAGAUCUUGUAGUCGCGGUCAUGGCUGUAUUACUUAUCAUUCUCGUCGUUACGCUUCGGGGUAAACUUAGUGCUGGCUAUGUUGGUGUUGCGUUGUUGAACGUCAUCCUCUUCUCCCAAAGUGUCAAGCUUCUCAUCUCAUUUUGGACGCAGUUGGAGACUCAUAUCGGAAGCGUCGCAAGGAUCAAGACUUUCACUACGGAUACCAUGAGCGAGGAUUUAGAGGGAGAGGAUCAGAUUCCUCCCCCGAAUUGGCCUAGCGAAGGAAGGAUCGAGUUCAGGAAUAUUAGUGCUUGUUAUCAUUCUUACGAGCCUGUCAUUAAGAAGUUCUCUCUUUCCAUUAAACCGGGAGAAAAGGUUGCUAUCGUAGGUCGCACAGGAAGUGGCAAAUCCUCCCUCGUCCUGACCCUUUUCCGCAUGCUUGACCUCUCCGCCGGUAGUAUUCAUAUCGACUCUAUUCAUUUGCACCACCUCCCUCGCCAGACUAUUCGCACGCGACUCAUUGGCCUGCCUCAAGAUGCCUAUCUACUUCCCGGAUCAGUCCGCCUUAACGCCGAUCCACCCAAACAAAGCACUGAUAAGGCUAUCAUGCAGGCGUUAAAGGACGUGCAACUCUGGGAUAUCGUGGUGAGUAAAGGGGAUGAGAGUAAGUAUGCUCACCCGCUGGAUGUAGAGGUCGAAGAUUUGCAUUUCAGCCAUGGGCAGAGACAGUUAUUCUGUCUAGCAAGGGCAAUUUUAAAGCGGGACAAGGGGAAUGUAGUUGUGCUUGAUGAAGCUACGAGCAGUGUCGACGCUCAAACAGACUCGCACAUUCAAAAACUCCUCCGCUCAAAAUUCACCUCUCACACUAUCAUCGCCGUCGCUCACAAACUCGAAACAAUCCUCGACUUCGACAAGGUCGCAGUCAUGCACCACGGCCAGCUCGUCGAAUAUGGUGAACCAUAUAAGCUACUUGACAUCGAAGGUAGUUGGUUUAAGGGACUAUAUGAAGACGUUACUAAGGUGGGAGAGGAUGGCUCGGCAAUUGGUGACGUUAUUAGCGUCGCGCAUUGAUGCCGGCGUUGGAGGGGAGUGAGUGGAAAUAUUUUCGAUUCGUUAUCGUUCUGUUCUUUCUUUGCAUUUUUUGUUGCAAAAUAUAUGCAGUCGCUAGCUUACACUCGCUUUCUUCGCAUGCUGCUUUCUUUGGCAAGUACAUGGACAUAAGUUGAUAGCCU